CAGGGGCAGGGACCACCUGACGCCCACCCGCUCCCCGCCCGGGUCUGGAGACAUAAAUGCUGACCGUGCCGCGAAGUUGCCAGCCGCCAAGUUUGCCCUGCCAGCACCGCGGGCCAGGGAAGCCGGGCUCUGGCUGUUGGGAGGACUUUUGCGCGCCGCAUUCCAUCCUCGUCCCGUGCUCUUCCAGGCUGGGCCUGUGACUACCGAACUUUUUUUCAUCUCCCAACCCACAAAAACCACCAGCUUCUGAGGCCCUAAAGAGAACCAGCCGACUGGAAAGAUGUGGACCGCGCCGGUGCUGCUCUGGAUUUUGGGAAGCGUGUGGCUCUGGGGCUCGGUACAGGGAGCGGCUAUAGGUGGGCUAGAAGAUGAGAUUGUCACCCCAGGCACAGACAAUGGCAUGGUGACCCCAGGUCUAGAAGACAAACUAGCAACCACGGCUGCUACUGAAGAGUCUUCUGUGUCUACCCACAAGGCAGCUCAGGCCCUGACAAGCACAGAGAGCAGAACAAAGUCUCCCAUUGAGGAGCUGCCAACUCCAGGAGGCUCCAUCCAAGGUCAUGAAGAAAAUAAGAGUACGACCACUGUCAAAGUUGUAACUAGCCACUCUGUGGACAAGAAGACCAGUCACCCCAAUAGAGACAACACACUUGAAGAAACACAAACGACAGGUAAGAAAGGUGGCUUGGCAGUUGUGACCCUGGUUGGAAUCAUAGUUGGGGUCUUGUUAGCCAUCGGCUUUAUUGGAGGCAUCAUCAUUGUGAUUAUGCGGAAAAUCUCAGGAAGGUUCUCGCCCUAAAGAGCUUCAAGGAUCAGGCCAUUCUCCCAACAUAUCUGA